AGAAAUCAUAACAGGUGACAUGGAAUCAGCCAUGGCUGUGGACCUAAAUCCCUGGGUGGAAUAUGAAUUUCGAGUGGUGGCCACCAAUCCAAUUGGCACUGGAGAUCCAAGCACCCCAUCUCGAAUGAUCCGCACAAAUGAAGCAGUUCCAAAGACAGCGCCCACCAACGUAAGUGGAAGAAGCGGAAGGAGAUAUGAGUUAGUCAUUGCCUGGGAGCCAGUAUCUGAAGAGUUUCAGAAUGGGGAAGGCUUCGGCUAUAUUGUGGCUUUUAGACCCAAUGGAACACGUGGCUGGAAGGAAAAAAUGGUGACAUCCUCUGAAGCUUCCAAAUUCAUUUAUCGAGAUGAAAGUGUCCCUCCUCUCACUCCUUUUGAAGUGAAGGUUGGCGUUUAUAACAAUAAAGGGGAUGGGCCUUUUAGUCAAAUUGUGGUCAUCUGUUCAGCUGAAGGAGCUCCUUUUGCUGAUGACUUGGUUUUGACAUCCUUUUCCCUGAUGCAACCCUGCAGGGCAGCAGUUGGUUACUGGAAAGACAUGGAACAAGAAGAUUCAGCAGAAACAGUCAAAACUAGGGGGAAUGAGUCAUCCAUCAUCCUAACAGGAUUAGAAGGAAAUACAUUAUAUCACUUGACAGUGAGGGCUUACAAUGGAGCUGGAUACGGGCCACCUAGCAGUGAAGUGAGUGCAACCACCAAGAAAUCUCCCCCUAGUCAAGCACCUAGCAACCUCAGGUGGGAGCAGCAAGGCUUUCAGGUAUCUCUGGGCUGGGAACCCGUAACACCAUUAGCCAACGAAUCUGAAGUUAUGGGUUACAAGGUUUUUUAUAGGCAAGAGGGUCACAGCAACAGUCAAGUUAUUGAAACACAGAAACCUCAAGCAGUAGUGCCACUCCCUGAUGCUGGAGUCUAUAUUAUUGAAGUUCGAGCAUAUGGUGAAGGAGGGGAUGGAACGGCCAGUUCUCAAAUCAGGGUACCAUCAUAUUCAGGUGGGAAAAUCACAAGUGCUCAGUCUGCCCUCCACACUCUCUCCACAUCUUCGUCAUCAGUAACGUUGCUCUUGGCAUUGGUGAUUCCUUCAACCUCCUGGUGA